UCAGGCUGCGACAGGUCUGCUCGUUACGCAGUUGCUAGUCUGAAGGGAUUUGUUGUAAUUUCCAACCGGAGUUUCCGUUUAACGAACCUUUGACGAGCCACGCACAUCCCGCACAGUCCCGCAGAGCCCCGCCCAUCCCGCACCGCCACGCAGAGCCCCGCCCACACCGAGGCCCAGCUGCUUGUUGUGGAGUUCUGCUGCUGCUCACAGGAUGCUAACAGGAUGCUAACAGGAUGCUAACAGCUAGCAUCGGUAGCUCAGAUUAGCUGCAGUCGUCAGGAGUCCCGGGUCGGGGUGGUUCUCUCCAUGGAGCUUCCCGGAGGAGGAGCGGGUCUGCCCGGGGGCAACGUGCCGGCCUUCCUCACCAAGCUGUGGACCCUGGUGCUGGACCCGGACACCGACCCGCUGAUCUGCUGGAGCCCGAGUGGAACCAGCUUCCAUGUCUUUGAUCAGGGUCGGUUCUCCAAAGAAGUUCUACCCAAGUUCUUCAAACACAACAACAUGGCCAGCUUCAUUAGACAGCUGAACAUGUAUGGCUUCCGUAAAGUGGUGCACAUCGAGCACAGUGGUUUAGUGAAACCAGAGAGAGAUGACACCGAGUUCCAACAUCCGUUCUUCAUCAGAGGACAAGAACACCUGCUGGAGAACAUCAAACGCAAAGUCACCAACGUGUCUUCGACAGUGCGUCAUGAGGAAGUGAAGGUCGCUACAGAUGAAGUGAAUAAGAUCCUGACCGACGUCCAGCUGAUGAAGGGAAAACAGGAAACCAUCGACUCUAGGAUCGUUGCUAUGAAACAUGAAAACGAGGCUCUGUGGAGGGAGGUGGCCAGUCUGAGACAGAAACACACUCAGCAGCAGAAAGUCGUCAACAAGCUCAUCCAGUUCCUGGUGUCUCUCAUCCAAACCAACAGGAUCCUGGGAGUCAAGAGGAAGAUUCCUCUGAUGCUGAAUGACUCCAGCUCCGCCCACCCCAUGCCUAAGUACAGUCGGCAGUUCUCAUUGGAGCACAUGCAGGCUGCAGCCAAUCUGUUCUCAGCUGACUCCCCAGUGUCCUCUGGGCCAAUCAUCUCUGACAUCACAGACGUGGCCACACCCAUCAUGGAGGAGGCAGCCACUGACUGGACGGACCCAGGGGAGAACCAGUUCAUUAACAUCAAAGAGGAGCCAGCAAGUCCUGAGGUGGAGGUGUGUCCUGUUCUGGAAGGUGGGGCUUCACCUGUAGACACGCCCCUCUCCCCAACCACUUUCAUCAAUUCCAUCCUCCAAGAGAACGAGACGCAGCCGCUCGCCAACACCUCCAGCGCCAACGCUUCUCCAGCCAUCGUCCUGGGCUCCUCUGGGCCCCUCCCACCAUCACCCACCGGCCAAUCACCUCCCUCCAUUCUCACCUCGACCUCCAGUCCAGACGCUGCUCAGCAGAAGUGUCAGACGCUCGCCUGCAUCGACCGACCCCUCCCCCCUCCCUCUGCAGGUGGAUUCUCUCCUGACGUGUGGCGCUUCGUCUCUUCACAACCUGACAAGUCUGAGCUGUUGGACCAUGUGGACACGAUGGAGAACAGUCUAGAGAACCUACAGAACAUCCUCAACACACAAAGCUUCACCUUCGACACCUCCCCCAUCAUCGAGUUUCUCAGUUCACCUUGUUCCACUGGAGACUUUGACCUCGACUGUUUGGACAAUCUGCUGGCUGAAGACGCUCCCAGAGGAAGUGAUGGAAGCAGCGACACAGGGAAGCAGCUGGUGCAGUACUCUGCCACGCCUCUGUUGACGUCAGCUGACCUGCCGUCCCUGCUGGAGCUGGAGGCGGAGCGUUUCCUCACGUCGGAGCCCUCCCCCGACGACCUGCUGAGCCACACCCACCUGGACUCGGACCUUUGACGACACACAGAGAUGUGAGGACGGAUCCGUAACCAUGGCAGCAGAACAAUCUGAGCACUGACUCCCAGCAGCAACAGACAAUGAUGAUCAAUCAGCUGUAGUCGUGUUGUUAGAAUGAUCGAUAUUAUUCUUAUAGACCUGCUCCUCCUCCUUUGCUUUGAUUUGAGCUUUGUUUUUUAUUUUAGCUGUUUGCUGCUUUUAUUAAAUUGUGUGUUUGACGCUC